UCUUCGAAACUUAUGUCAGUUAUGUUUCCAUAUCGCACGUUCCCUCUCCAGUUACACCACUUUUCACCGAUGUUACAGGAUUAGCGAGCCCUGCUGCUUGAGACACAGCACGGUCACCAUGUCAUCUCCAGCCGGACUCCGGUACUCCCAGCCGGACUUCUUGGCACGGUGGAUGCGAAUAAGUAGCACCAGAUCCGGGGUGAUCCUCAGUCCGGACCUGGCUGGCUCCAUGCGGCACAACUCUACCGUAAGGACCCCUUCACUGGAGACCCCAGACGAGUCCUUCGCCUCCGACUUCGCUCCUCUGCCGGCCUCGGCGGACAGCAGCUGCUGCCUCGGCGUGGAUGGAUGCUCCCGGUCACCUGGAGGAGAGAAGGCUGGUGCUGACAGGCCAGUGAACGGUCCGUCCUCUGUGGCUACGAGGACUUUAGAUGGAGAGCUGCACAGUUUGGAUGAAAUGGAGAGCGCUUCACAGGAUGUGCCCAUAAUGGUGAAGCUAGAACAGUUGAGGAAAUGGCAGCAGCACAUGCAGGAGCAGCUCAAAGCCCAUCAGCUGGAGGAGCUGCUUCACCUCCAGGAGGAGCAGCAAAGGCUGCUGGGAAUGAUGAAUGGAUCCCAGCACUGCACACAAGAGACUUCAGGGCUGUCGGGAUCCAGAGAGACCCCGUACAGCCCCCCCAUACACCGCCAUGGAGUCCCACUGAGCUCCACCUGUGGCCUCCGACCGGAACGAGAGCCCUCACCUGCACGGAGUCAGGAGCGGCUACCACGAGGUCAAGAUUGUGAGGAGGUGGACGAUGAGGAAGAGGGCACGUGGAGCUCCAGAGGAGAAGAUCAGGAACAGAGUGUCGAUGUUAGCCAUCUUCACGAGCACAACGACACGUUAAUACCGAGUAACGGUGUGUCUUUGACUGAAGACAGCAGCAGAGAAGAAGAGGAAGUCUUCCAUGACAGACCUAUAAAGCCGGGUAUCGGGGGUCAGAAGAAGACCUUUGAGGAGUUGUUGGAGGAGCAGCUGAGGGUGGAGGAGCAGAGGAUGAAGUCUGCCCGGCAACAGCAGAGCCGAGCUGGAGCUGAAGCUGUGCAGGUCGCCCCCAAGAGGGCCUUUCUGAAGCGGGGCGAGGGCCUCUCGAGAUUCACCAUCAAUCGCAAAGCCUCGUUACCGAAAAUGGGGGCGAAGAAGGACCCCAAACCAAAACUCCAGACCAGAGCGAUCUCCCACAGCAACUCUGAGUCGGCGGUCAUCCAGAGAGUCCAGCGGCUUCCCGUCCAGCGUAAAACCGCCACGCUCAACAAGGAAAACCGGCUCAGAGGUCUCGGCUCGCCGCCUCAGGACGUCAGAGCUGAGAGCAAAGCAGCACGGACGAAGGUUUUGGGGAGUCAUCAGAGACAGAACACGGAAGGACCAGAGUCCAUUCAAAGUGACCCAGAGGGAAGACAUCAGCUGAGAAAGCUAAAGGAGCAGAACAACAGGAAUGUGGGUCUGUCGGCUCAGGUCUCCAGGAGCACCGGGCCGAACCCUGUCACCAAACAGGUGGGCGUGUUGAGAGGGCCAGAGGAGAAGGCCGUGAUUGACAGUUCUGGUUCAAGAGUGGAAGGAGGAACCGGCGUUCCACAGGAGUCGUUUGAGGUGUCGUUCCAGGAGAAGCUCCAGCAGUGGGACUGUGACCGGCAGCUGGAGACCAUGGAGCUCGGAGAGUUUGAGCUGCUGGAGCAAGCGGCCGAUGAGUUGUCCUUCUCCUCCAACUCCUCCUUCGUCAUGAAGGUUCUUCAGAUGGACCAGCAGCACAGGGGGCUCCACCCGCGACGGCUCUCCUCCACCCCCAUCAAGUCUCCACCCAGAGGUGCACGCCAGAGGUGCAGCAGCGACGGCAGUAUCAGCUCCGUCAACUCCGAAGCGUUGGCGGUGAAGACGAGAGACGACGUAGUCCAGAACAAAGCGAGCAUCGAGGAUAAACAGGACGGGCACGAGGACUCCGCUGUUUCAACCUCUGAAGAGCAGGAAGUGGCGUUCAAACCGCCUUCGCUUCCCGGCACUUUUCGCUUUCCCGCUCAGUCCAACCCGCCGUACGACAAGCGGUCGUAUCAGGACGAGGAGAGCGGCGGGGAGUCGGCGUCGGACGCGGCACGAGUCGACGAUGUCGUGGAGAGUGACGCCGACGAGUCGACUCUGAUCGAGGACGGAGACGAGCGGCGCGGUGGAGUCGUGUUCGACGACGACGACACCUGGAACGACCUGGAGGAUGACGCCGCGGUCGGCUCGGCUGACGACGGUGGAGGAGAUAGUCCGGCCGGUGGGAUCUUACCGACUCUGUCGAGGAAGGUGGCGGUGAGCAAAGUGGUGGAGGUGGACGAGGAGGAUCCUCAUCUUCCUCCCACCUCUCAGCUCAUGACCAGGUUGUUCCCCUCGCUGAAGCCAAAGGCCCAGAAUGCACCUCUCCCUCCUCCUGCUUCUGUUGCUUCUGAGUCCAAAAAGUCAGAGGAGACGACAGGCCAGCAGGUCCAGUCCAGACAGCUGAGGGAGCGACUGGUGGAGCUGGAGAUCGAGAUCGAGAGAUUUAAGAAGGAGAACGCUGCUCUCGCCAAACUCCGACAGGAGAACGAGAAAAACCAGGAACACCUCAGGAAAGAGCGUUUGGAGUUUGAGCAGACGAGAGCGGAGGAGCUGGCCAAGUUCGAGGAGUACAAGAAGGAGGAGAACAGGAAGUUGCAGAAGGAGCGCAAACUGUUUGAGAGGCACGCGUCGGUCACCAGAUCUUUCCCCGACAAGAAGGAACGGGAGGAGAUCCAGGUGUUGAAGCAGCAGCUGAUCUCUCUGCAGGAGGAGCUGAGGCAGAAGGAGAGUCGCUGGUUCUCCUCACACAGCCGGCAGCGGCAGCAGAUCGACUCCCUCAGCCAGGAGAACGCUUCUCUCCAGGAUGAGAUCCGUAUGUUGGAAAAGCUCCGCCUCAGCGCCUGGAAGAAAAACCCCGUCGACGCAGAGAAGGACAAAGAAACGAGAGACGGUCCCAAAAUAUGUGAGAACAACGUGUCGUCUGUGACCAAAGGAGUGAAAUUCGCUAGUCCUCUUGACUCCAGAGGAAGAAGCAGCAGCAUCAGUCCUCCACAGAGCAGCACUGCUGCAGCCACCAGGAGGAGCUCCAGAGAGAUCAGUCAGUUAGCUGCAGCUGGGAUGAAGAGCAGCCUGAGGAGGCCAUCAGCACCAUGCUGCUUCUCCUCCUCCUCUUCUUCCUCGUUGCCCGUCAGGAGGACAGAUGAGAAGUCAACACCCUCCAGCAAGAUUCAGGACAAACCACCGAACCAGGAACUCUCUCACGACGACUCUCCGAAAAGCGUUUCUCUGCCAAACGAACAAAAGGAGGACAAAGAGCCAGAGUCAGAUCCGGAGGUUCUACCACAUCCUGAUGGGAAGAUGGAGACGGUUCUGGCCGGCGGCGAUCGACUCAUCGUCUUCAACAACGGAACCAAGAAGGAAGUUUCAGCAGACGGGCUGACGGUCAAAGUCACCUUCUUCAACGGAGACACCAAGGAGGUGACAGCCGACCAGAGAGUGAUCUACUUCUACGCCGACGCCCAGACGACUCACAUCACCUACCCAGACGGCAUGGAGGUCCUGCACUUCCCCAACAACCAGACCGAGAAACAUUUCCCAGACGGCCGUAAAGAAAUCGUCUUCCCGGACCAGACGGUGAAGAACUUGUUCCCCAGCGGGCGAGAGGAGAGCGUGCUGACGGACGGAACCGUCAUACAAGUCAACCCGGACGGUACCAAAGAGAUCCUGUUCAACACGGGCCAGAAGGAGGUCCACACGGCCGAGUACAAGAGGAGGGAGUACCCGGACGGCACCGUGAAGACGGUCUACGCCGACGGCAGGCAGGAAACCCGAUACCCCAACGGACGGAUCCGGAUCAAAGACCGAGACGGCAACGUGGUCCUGGACAACAUGGCGUAGGGGGACGCGGACUGCAACAUGGUCCUGGACAACAUGGCGUAGGGUGACGCGGACUGCAACGUGGUCCUGGACACCAUGGCGUAGGGGGACGCGGACUACAGAGACAAAUUGUCCUUCAGCGUGCUGCCAAAAUCAGACACAAAGCUACAAAAGACCCACAGGAAAUGAGUCGGAAGCCUUUUUAAAUAGCAUUUUAACUCUUAUUUAGUAUUUAUUUACUGUUA